CAUAAACACAGCUGCAUGGGGAGGUCAGCUUGAGUUAUAUGAGACAUGCAUAUGGCUUAGGAGAACACUACAAUUCUGUUAAACGAGAAGUUUACUUCUACAAGAGGUAACCUGAAAAUGACAGGGGCAAAGAGAAAAAAGAAAAGUGUGCUCUGGAGCAAGAUGCAUACUCCCCAUUAUGAAGACUUUAAACAGUGGUGUAGAAGGCGGCUGCCUAUUUUGGAAUGGGCAACACACUACAAUAUGAAAGAAAACUUGCUUCCAGACACUGUGUCUGGGAUAAUGCUGGCAGUUCAACAGGUGACACAAGGGUUGGCCUUUGCUGUUCUCUCAUCUGUGCACCCGGUGUUUGGUUUGUAUGGGUCUUUGUUUCCUGCCAUCAUAUAUGCGAUAUUUGGAAUGGGACGUCAUGUUGCCACAGGCACCUUUGCCUUGACAUCCUUAAUAUCAGCUAAUGCAGUGGAACGGCUUGUCCCUCUGAGCAGUCAAAACCUUACCACCCAGAGUAACACAAGUGUGCUGGGCUUAUCUGACUUUGAGAUGCAAAGGAUUGGUGUUGCUGCAGCUGUUUCCUUCUUGGGAGGUGUGAUUCAGGUGGCCAUGUUUGUGCUACAACUGGGCAGUGCCACAUUCCUGCUUACAGAGCCUGUGAUCAGUGCGAUGACAACUGGCGCUGCCACCCAUGUCGUGACUUCACAAGUCAAAUAUCUCUUGGGAAUGAAAAUGCCAUACAUAUCUGGACCACUUGGAUUCUUUUAUAUCUAUGCGUAUGUCUUUGAAAACAUCAAGUCUGUGCAGCUGGGAGCACUGCUCUUAUCCUUGCUGAGCAUUGUGGUGCUUGUUCUGGUUAAAGAGCUGAAUGAACAGUUUAAAAGGAAAAUUAAAAUUGUUCUUCCUGUUGACUUAGUUUUGAUUAUUGCUGCAUCAUUUACUUGUUAUUGUACCAAUAUGGAAAACACGUAUGGAUUAGAAGUAGUUGGUCAUAUUCCAAAAGGAAUUCCUCCACCUAGAGCUCCCCCAAUGAACAUCCUCUCUGCAGUAGUCACGGAAGCUUUUGGAGUGGCACUUGUAGGCUAUGUGGCCUCACUGGCUCUUGCUCAAGGAUCUGCCAAAAAAUUCAGAUAUUCCGUUGAUGACAACCAGGAAUUUUUGGCCCAUGGUCUUAGCAAUGUGAUUCCUUCAUUUUUCUUCUGCAUACCAAGUGCUGCUGCCAUGGGGAGAACCGCUGGUCUAUAUAGCACGGGAGCAAAGACACAGGUGGCUUGUCUGAUAUCUUGCAUUUUCAUCCUGAUAGUCAUCUAUGCAAUAGGACCUUUGCUUUACUGGCUGCCCAUGUGUGUUCUUGCAAGUAUUAUUGUUGUGGGACUGAAGGGAAUGCUAAUACAGUUUCGGGAUUUAAAAAAAUACUGGAAUGUGGAUAAAAUUGAUUGGGGCAUAUGGGUCAGUACAUAUAUAUUUACAAUAUGUUUCGCUGCCAACGUGGGGCUGCUGUUUGGUGUUGUGUGUACCGUAGCUAUCGUGAUUGGUCGCUUCCCAAGAGCAAAGACUUUGAGUAUAAAAAAUAUGAAGGAAAUGGAAUUUAAAGUGAAGACAGAAAUGGAUGAUGAAACCCUGCAGCAGGUGAAAAUCAUCUCAAUAAACAACCCGCUUGUUUUUCUGAAUGCGAAGAAGUUUCAUACUGAUCUAAUGAACAUAAUCCAAAAAGAAAAUGCCGACAACCAGCCACUUGAAAUCAGCAAGUGUGAACAAAACACAUUGCUCCAUGCUCUAUCCAGUGGCAUUUGCAAUGAAGAAGCUACACAGUGCUGCUUAAAUCAGAAGUGUUCUUUAAUCCUGGAUUGCAGUGGAUUGACCUUUUCUGAUUAUUCUGGAGUCUCCAUGCUUGUUGAGAUUUACAUGGACUGUAAGGACAAGAGUGUGGAUGUAUCAUUAGUCCACUGCACAGCUUCCUUGAUAAAAGCAAUGAAAUACUGUGGAAACCUAGAUUCAGAGAAACCAAUUUUUUUUGAAUCAAUAUCUGCUGCAGUAAAAAAUAUCCAUUUAAAUAAGAAUUUGAGCAGACUCAGUGACCACAGUGAAAUCUGA